UAAAAUUGCUGAUGCUCUUUCCCGUUUUCGUUGGCAGGAUUUCAGGUCUUUUCUUCCGGGAGCGGAUUUGGAGGGCAGGGAAUGCCCGUCGUACCUGUGGGACCUGGUGGACAGGAGCUGAUGUCGCUGGUUCGAUCGUCUGUUUCCCCGGCUACUUGGCAGGCGCAUGGUCCUGGGCGUCCGGCCGUUUGGAUCGUGGGCCAUUCAUAUGUUUUCUGGGCGGCGCAGAGAGCUGAUUGCCGACCUGGGGGGAGGUCCCUCGGCUUCCGGGAGGUGGAUGUGGCCUGGAGAGGAAUCCGGGGUUUGCGAUGGGCUCAGCUCCUGUCUCAAGUGGUCGAGAUCGGUUCGCAGGCCAGUGGCCCGGUUAUUUUAGUUCUACAUGCUGGGGGGAACGAUAUGGGUUCUGUUCCCCUGGUGGAAUUGUUGGCCCUCAUCAGGUCCGAUUUGGAGCGUUUUCCAUCGUUUUUUCGUGAGGUGGUCCUGGUCUGGUCUGAGGUUGUUCCUCGGGUGGUAUGGCAGGGUGGGGAGGCAGUCGAGAGGUGUAGAAGGACGAUUAAUGCCCGUAUUUCCCGCUUCGUCAGGUCCCGGGGUGGUGUGGUUGUCAGACACAGACAGCUCGAGGGCGAUAACCGCUCAUUAAUGAGGCCCGAUGGGGUUCACCUGAAUGAGAUAGGUUUGGAUAUCUUCCUUUCAGGUAUCCAAGAUGGGGUGGAGCAGGCCAUGUUUUUGUUGGGUGGUGGUCGGAGCCCCGUUUGAGGGCGGUGCUCCUCCUUGGCGGCUAGUUAUUGCAGCGUAAAGGUGUUGGAGGAGAAAUGGGCGAAUCCGCCCGCUGGGAGACCAGCGGCUGGCGGAGAGCACGGUUCAAGGUUAUAGUUGCCGUUUGAAUAAAGCUGUGGCCGAUUACCACCCAACAAAAUAAAAGGUUAAAAGUUGAACGGUGUCAGUGUCGUUAUUGAAGGGGUUAGUUGGGGUGGUAUGCGGGGCUAGAGGAAGGUUUGGAGUUCCCCUUCCCAUUCCUUAUGGUGCCAACAGUCUGGUGGCCACCCGACGGCUUAGGGAGGGUGGGCAGGGA